AAGGGAAGCAAACUCUGUGUCCUCUGCUUCUGCUCAGGGAGAAAAAGUCACGGCAGUCCCACAUCUGUUGGUGAAAAAUGGACAAACGAAAGGCUGUAAAACACAUGUUGUCUACCCUGACAAAGGUAGACUUUGACAAUUUCUGCAACGAGCUUAUGCACCGCAAAGGGGAGCCGCAGGUCGUACGCAUCAGGGUGGAGGGAAAAAACUACUUUGAGAUCACAGAGGUUCUGCUUUCCACUUUCAAUGAUACCGGAGCUGUCGAAGUGGCUGCGGAGUUAUUGAACGAGAUUAAUUGCAAAAAGGAAGCAGACGAACUGUUGGCAGCUACAGGUGUUAAAUACUCAGAACCUGGAUCCAGUAACAAUCCAAGGAAGGAAUUGUCCCAGAGAAAUGUCUCAGCAGAGAGCAGAGUCCCAGCAGACCAGAUGCUGCGCUCAGUUCGGACAGAGUUCAUUAACAGAGUGUCUCAAGCUGUUCUGGAACAGCUUCUGGAUAAACUUCUUGAGCGGGAAGUGAUCACUUAUUCUGAAAUGACAUCAGCCAGAGGGAAACCCCAAUUUGAUAAAGCACGAGAGGUGGUGGACACGGUGCAUCAAAAAGGAGCUGCAGCCUGCAGGGUUCUGAUCAAUGCUCUCCGAGAGAUAGACCCGUAUAUUUACAAAGAGCUCAACUUGAGCUGAAGUUAAACCUCGUGGAGUGUGUGUGAAAGCCCCCGCUAGUUUUGCAUGUUGCUACCUGUAACUAGAGAUGGGUGUCAGGUACUGAGUUGUUACCGGUACCUGAUUGGUCAGUUCUACUGAUGUAGCAGCGCAGGGGGAGACACAUGUUAUAAAAACACAUUCUCUAA